AGGAGCUUCCGGGGUCCUAAUUUGAGGCUAUAUAAAAUUUCAAUUUGAUCAAGCAUCGAUGAGCUGGUUCUCUUCCUUUGCUUCUCUUCCUAUUUCUGUUACCGGCAGGCCCGAUCGCAAACAUCUCCACUUUUUACAUCUUGUCUUUGUCCCAUUUUUCUGGUCAUCACGAUGCGCGUUGUCACCACUCUGCUUUUUUUUCACCUUUACAUCGCAUUAGGUUCUGCAAUGCCAACGAAAAAGGGAAAUCCGACCGCAACCAGUACACAGGUGCAACAACCGUUAUCACAUUGGGUAAAUUCCUACAAAAGUUGUAAUACGGAGAAGACGAAUACAAUUGAUAAGUGGAUGCUGGAUGUGUUCACAAUGACAUCCGAAGCCGAGUAUAUGACGCGAGAUCAUCCUGCCUUCAGACGUUACUUUUUCCGCGAAGAUUUCCCUUCAUUCAAACACAUGAUCCAAUCUCUGAACAGUCGCGGUGGCGAAGCGCUAAAGUUCAAUGUUCAGUGUGCUGAUUAUGGUCAAAAGCCGUGUCCUCCCAACCAUUGGAUAACUACAGGUCGAUCAUCAUCUAUCUAUGUUAUCUAUGUUUGCCCGUAUAUAUUUGAUACCAAGGUCACCCUCGCCUCAAAGCCCUUCGACAACUCAGAAAAUGGGUGGUGCCGACCUCCUCAUUUUCUCAAAGAUUACGUGCCUCAAGCUCGUGCCCUUUUGAGUCGGUUGAUUCGCAUCCGAUUUCAAAUGAAGGAUAUCGUGACCGAGGACUAUAAUGAGAAUGAUAUACCCCUUUUGACCGCGGCUGGUCAUCUGAAAUCAAAAUACACGACAUUGCUCGCUCAAUGGGAACAGACACAUCAAGGUUCUCCUCCUGUUCGUCCUUCCCUUAAUCCUGAGAGCUACGUUGCAUCUAUCGUUGGUGAGUCUGUAUUAUUGUUCACUCUCAUUAUCGUCUUCAAUAUUUACUUGAUCCAUUUGUCACAGAAUUUUUCUUUACGCGCAAGUGUGGAAAGGACUUUGAUCCCAAAAAAAUCAUUCGCAGUUAAACAUAAAGUUCUAUCAUUGUUCCUUCUUUCUGUUCCUCCGGCUAGUGAAUCAAGAAUCGCUUCGACGCCGCCUUCCCUCCUACAUUGUUGGCUCGUUUCGCUUCAGACGCGUCAGGGCAUACACAACGAACCGUCGCUAUUUCAGCCCAUUAGUUGACAGCACUGGUAACGGCUUAAGCUCAAGCGUUCAUGUUAGAACUCUGAGCUAGUCUGAA